AUGUCACUCACCGACUCAAUCCUGCUGCAAAGGCACGGCCUCCACAAUCACCGUCAUGACCCCCUCUAUCCCGACAAGACCGGCAGCCUUGCCUCCUCCGCGCCAACGGCGGGACCCUCCAGCUCGACCGCAAGCUAUUAUUCCACUCUGUCACCGACAUCUUCGACCGGUCUCGCCAACUUGACACCCGUCGCAUCAGGUCCACUGCUCGCGGAUGUAACUCCGGGUGAAAUAGUCAGGGUCCGCUACUUGCCACAUCCGGGUCCAGCACCCGAUGUUGAGUACGAGGACGCCUCGCAAGCUUUCCUCCGUCUAGCACAGAUUAUCGCGCUGGACUGCGCGCGGAAAGUGGGACCAGAAUCGAGAUGGGGCGUUGACGCGGCGGUUCUGGCUUGGUGGGAUGACGCGGAUGGGAUGUGGCUGGUCACCCGCCCCGAGCCUGGUGGUGGGGAGGGCUGGAUGGACUUGGUCAGAUACUGGAAAGCGGAAGUGGGACUGCCUUGGGGGCAGACGGCAGAGGAUGGCGGGGACGUGGAUAUGGAUCACGGCGGAGUAGCCCUGGAAGGGCGGUACAGAAAAGGCGUAGAAGUUUUGAAAGAAGUGGGAAGGUGUCUCAAUAAUCUGCACCAGAGCGGUCUCACCAUUGCGGUCAUCGAUCCAUCCUUGAUCAUUAUCAGCCCCGCGACAACCCCAACCGCCCGCCUACAAAUCCUAGACCAAGCGUUCCUUGGUACCCAUGGAUCCGCUCCGGAACCUCACCCCGAUCUCUCUGCAACCCUCUUCUCUACCCUGGCACUUUCCAGCUCGGCUCGACCGCUUAACACGGACUUUGUCCGCACUCACGUCCGAAACCUCUCGCCCAAAGCUGUCAGCGGUCGAGAAGCCGGGGUAGCCGAUGACGUCUAUGCGUUCGGUGUCAUGGCGUACGAGCUCCUCGGCGGAGGACCUAUUGAUACCCUACCAGCCAGGGCGUCGGUCGACCUCCUGAAUGACAUCCACGCUCAUCUCAACCUCGACAUACAACCUUUGGCAACUCGUCUCGGUCCAGUGUCCGAUGCUUUGUCAUCAGCAAUGGACGGGGUGGUCAUGCGCUGCUUGGCCAAGGACGCGCGGGAGCGGUACCACAACCUCGCCUCGGUGACGUAUGAUUUGGCCAAGAUCCUGUCCUCGCUCCGGGGCGAGGCCGCCCUGUCGGAUCUGUCGGUGGGGUUAAUCGAUCAACAAUCUCGCUUCGAGUACCCCAAGCAGCCGGUCGCGCGCGAACCGAUCUUUGCUGCGCUCAGCAGAGAGCUGGACAAGGCCAGGCGCAUCGGGGACAUGGGCAAAUUCCGGAACGUCGAUCUUUACGGUCCCAGCGGGAGCGGCAAAACCGUCGUAGCGCGGGCAUGGGUCGAUCAGCCAGAGCAGGCCAGCUGUCUGGUGGCCUACGCAAAGCUGGACGAGCAGGUACAGAAGCCACUCGCCUGCUUUGUCCAGCUUUUUCAGUCCAUUCUGCUGAAGCUCUUGGCGGAUCCCAAGGAGGAUGCUCGGGAAUGGGCGUCGGUCAUCCGCACGACUCUCGGUCCGCAUUUUCCAGUUUUCUACUCCAUGCUACCACCCAAGUCGCAGAAGGUGCUCCUCCUCGGCUCGGAACCGCCCGCCCUGGAAGACAUCGACUGGAGCACCUUCAUCCAGUCCUUCAGGUUGUGGUGUAAGCGGUUGCUUCAACAAUUGGCGACGCCAGAUCGGCCAUUGAUCUUAUUGAUCGACGACACGCAAUGGAUGCAUUCUGAGGAGCACAGCAUUCAAGGUCGACCGCUUCUGCACGUACUUGCGGUCUCGCUACACCGCGUCCCGGAUAGUGAACGUCCAGCCGAUCGCGAGCUUUUGUCCGCCUCAUGCACCCACGUCCAGGUCCCCUUCCUCGACGCAGACGCCACUCAACAAGUCAUACAUCAAUCCUUUGGGGCGCCGAUUGACCGCGCUCCCACUCUGUACGGGCUCCUCCAUGCCGAAACGGGCGGCAGCCCAUUGUAUCUCCGCGUACUCCUUGAUCGACUGGUCGAAUCCCGUGCAAUAACUUUCGACUACUCGGCUAGUCUCUGGGUUUUCUCGGAUGUGUACUCUUCUUUGAUCAAGGAAGAUGUAGAUGGGUACCUUGAGGAGUUGCAAAGGGGUCUGAGCAAGGGCACUCGAGACAUACUGAGCCUACUGUCGUGCAUGCCUCUACGCAUCAGGCCGGACGUGAUCUACGGCGAGCUGGACAUCACGGGGGAGGAGUUCGAGGCCAGAUUACGUUCUGCGAAACAGGCUGGGAUCAUUGUAUGGGACGAGAGGGGCGUCGGAUUCACGCAUGAUAGGCAAAAACAAGCCGCAUAUAAGCUGAUCCCGCCAUCUCUUAUUGCCGAUAUCCACCUUCGAGCAUACGACACCCUCCGCCAACCCGAUCUGAUCGUUGAGUACGCCUACGACAGUGCCCAACAUGCCUUGAAGGCUCGAUCCCUGAACGGCACGACUGGUCCACCUGAGGAGCUGGUUCAGGUCCUUUUGGAAGCCGUGUAUCGCUGCACCUUCUCAGCAGGCUUCAAUUCUGCCCGGGCCUUCCUUGCUGCUGUGAGAGAAAUCGCCGAGUCCCAGCCAAAUACCAGCCAAUGGUGGCUGUCCAACCCGCAAUCGUACAUGCGGUAUCUCCACCUCCAGGUCGAGGUGUGCAGCGCUCUGAAGCAGUUUGACGAAACGUUUACGGAGUUGGACACAGCUUUGCUUCGUUUUACCGCCGAAUCCGAUAGACUGCGAAUCGAAACAUUGAUCAUCAGACUCCUAAUCUCUGCCAAUCGCAUGGAGGAAAGCACGCGGCGUUUCCGCGUCACGCUGGAAAGAUACGGCUACCGUCCCGACCUACCCUCCCGCUUGUCACUGGUCGAUGUCGAGUCAGUGGAUGAGGUUCAGCGAAUCAGCGAUAUGGUGUUGGCAUCGGACUCGUGCACGGACUCUGACAGUUUGGAUUAUCUCAUUACGGUCCUCAUAGGUCACGUCAGCCCAGCCUUCUAUCUCGGUGACCUCGACGAUACCGCAGAGCUGUUCAGGCUCUCCAUGUCACUCCUCGCGAAGCUAGGCUGCGCGAUCGAAGUCAACGCGGGCAUCAUCGCUUCGGGGAUGAUUACUAUCACCAACAUCGCCAUCAAGAAGAUCGUCUUCAAUCUCGCGAGCGGGUUAGCCACAAGAUUCGUCUCCUCGUCACUCUCUCCCUUUGCUCGGAUAGCUAUCGCGAGUGGAUCCUACACCUUGGAAUCUUCGUCGACUGUAUAUGAUCGCUCAGAGCAUGCCGUCAACUUCGCCGUCUCAAUGGCCAAUUACGAUGUGGCCGGAUGGGCCUUCGUGCUAGAAUGCGCCAGCUUGUCAUUCACCAGCGUGCGCUCCCGGCGCAAGCUACAAAUGCAAUAUGAUGGGAUCGUGGAGUCUGCCUCCCGCGCAACGCAGGUCGUCAUGAGAAUAGCUCUGGAAUGUCACACCCGCCUCGCAACGUAUUGUACGGUACCCGAGCCUUGGGUCUUACAAGGUGCCGAACUACAAGCGGAAGAACGAGAUCUCAUCGCCCGAAUACCGCUAUACCUCGGAGCCAUCCAGGUCUUCCAACUGCGCGUGGCCACCCUGUUCAACGCGCCGUCGCCCUUCAUAGCUUCGAUCAUCGACAAUGGUGACGCACGCAUCAUCUUCCAGCUCGGCUUUGGCAUCUGGAGCUGUGAAUGGGCAUAUCUGUCGGCUAUAUACUUCUUGCAGGCUGGUCGGAGGGGCAGUGAGCUAGACGACAGCUUAGCCUGGAUUGCACCGGUAUCAGAGGAUGCGGACUUUCACUACCGCCGAGACGCGCUGCUAGUCAUGCGCAAGGUCUUAUCAUCCGGUCUCGCCAAUCUCGACAAGGCGGAUGAGAUGCUAGACCGUCUGGACGACGCCGGGCAAUUCGACGUCUCAGGUCUGCUCAGCUAUGCGAUUGGGCAGCAUGUUCAGGAUACUACCCGCAGCGCCAAGCUCGCAAGGACCUACCAUCAGAGCGCAGCUGCAUCGUACAGGGCAUCGGGCGCGCUCGGUCUUGGCGAGUACCUAGAGCACGGAUACAAGGUACCCGCGCUCGCCAUUGACACCAGGCCAGUCAGCGAGAACUUUCCCGCAGCCGGUUCGCCAUCCCAAUCCAGUCAUGGACGAUCAUCCUCACAGGAAAUCUCAAAUAUGAGCGACGGCCUCGGUGCUCUCACGCUGUUUCGCUCGUCCCUGGCCUUGACAGCCGAAAAGGAUCCAGCCAAGCUACUCUGCACCUUGCUCAAGAUACUGUGUCAAUUUGCUCGAGCCGACUUUGCCGCCAUUGCAGUGCAAGACUCCGCUUGCAGAAGCGGGCUUCGACUCCGAGCUGGCGGGAGAUACGACGAUAUUCAGCAGUACAGCUUGGACUUUGCGGAGGACGGAGUCAGCCAGAUUGCCCCAGUUUCGAUCAUGCUGCAGGUCUCGAGGACCGGAGCGGGCAUGGUGGAAUCCAACUCCGACAAGCUACAGCCUGUUGACCCCUUCUACGCCGAUCGCUCGCCCUGUAUGAUGAUAUGUCUUCCCACCUACACCCAGGGACGCCAGGUUGGAGUCAUCCUCUUGUCCUGCAUGACAAGCAGCAGUAUCUCGAUCGAGGCCCAAUCCGCUCGAGACGUGAUUUCCUGCCUGGCCACAUUCGCCCACAAUAUCGCCGAGCAGCAGUCCUUCACCCAGCGACUCAAGGAUGAGGUCGACCAGCGUACUUCUCAGCUCUCGCACAGCCUGCAGGUCAAGAGCUACUUUCUCAGCUCCUGCUCGCACGAGCUGCGCAGUCCUCUCUCAGCUGUACUCGGUCUUGCGGCGGUGCUCGAGGGCUCCGGUGGGUUGACCGAGAUUCAGAUGGAGCAUCUCGGUACGAUCAUAUCAAGCGGCGAGCACUUGCUAGAUCUCAUCUCCAACAUCAUCGAUCACUCUCGCCUCGAGUCCAACGCUGUCUCCAUCGAAAGCAUCCCCUUCGACUUUCGCGAGCUGUGCGAGACGGCGAUCGAGAGCAUGGCGACUAUCGCGCAUGGGAAGAGCGUCGACCUCUGCCUUGCCAGCUCGAUCAAGACGGAUCCGCCACCGCUAUUUGGAGACCCCACCCGCAUUCGCCAGGUCCUCAUCAAUCUUGUCAGCAACGCGGUGAAGUUCUCGUCGGAGGGCACAGUGACAGUGGCGUGGCGAUACGAGGCUUUGGGUGAAAGUGGGGAUAAUGUGCUGGUGUCGCUGGACGUCGCAGAUACGGGGAUCGGUAUACCGGCGGAUAAAAUGGAUCAGCUCUUCCAAAGCUUCUCCCAAAUCGACAGCAGCAUCACCCGGUCGUACGGUGGAAGCGGUCUCGGUCUGGUCAUAUCGAGGGAACUCGCUCGGCUCAUGGGCGGCGACUGUACCGCAGUCAGUGAGCUCGGAAAGGGCUCCACCUUUACUUUCAGUUUCAUCGCACGGGUGGAUCGUACUACUCCUCCGCCCCGCACUCCACUUCCACAUCGCACCUGCCUCGUUAUCUGCCAUCAUGGACCCGCGCGAGACAUCUUUGCACAAAACUUGACUGAUCUUGGAUUCACCGCUAUACCAGUCGCGCCGGGCAAGAACGUUUAUCCCGACGGCCCCGCAGCGGAUCGCCCAUUCGAUCUAGUAUUCCUCAACGUCGCCAUGCUCAACAAAGCCGAUGUCGCAAAGGUCCGGGAGAGGUAUCCGCUGGCAAAUUUGACCCUGCUUUGCCCGAAUAUCUUCAUUGCGCAGACCAUGAAAAGGCUCGACCUCGACCGUCACGAGCUGCUUGCGCAGCCAUUCCGCUUUGACGAUCUAUACCAACUGCUAGCCAGCCAGGGUUCCGGGACCGUCACUCCUACUUCAGCCGCACCAACCUCUUCCCGAAAGCGGAAACGUCCUAUAGACAAGGGUCUGGCUGAUCGCUGCCCUUUAUCCAUCCUCGUCAUCGACGACAACCGCGUCAAUAUCACCGUCGCAAAGCGACUCCUCGAGAUGUUCGGCUAUUCCGGAAUCGACUCGGCAGAGAACGGUCGGAUAGGCGUGGACAAGGCAAAGGAGAAGCAGUACGACGUCAUCCUGUGCGACCUGUUCAUGCCGGUGCUGGAUGGCUUCUCGACGUUGAGGGAGAUGCAGGCGACACCAGAGACGGGGGAUCCAGUGGUGGUGGCUUUGACGGCGGAUGCACUCGGAAUUACUCGGCGACGAUGCGAGGAAGCGGGGUUCUUCGAUUGCCUACUCAAGCCGCUCGAUAUACCUGGUCUCGGUAUGGUCCUCGAGCGAGCUUACGACAGCAAGCUGCCAGCUGUCAAAGCGCCCCGGCUGGGGGAGCUGCCAUCUGGGGUGCCUAGUGAGAGCUCGUGA